CAGGGAGGCGGCAGGGACAGCAGGAGGAGUAGGAGGAGACAUAAAAGAGAUUCAACUGCGGGAAGUGGCUCCACCUUCAUUUAAAGAGAGGAGUAGGAGAGGCUGUGGAGCACAGCCGCCGUCCUGUCUGCCUCUGCCCCCAGCCCGCCCCACCGAGACAGACACGCAAGCGGAUGCUCGGGGCGCCGCGCGCUCCCCUUUGUCUCCAGCGAGCACCAUGCUGGCUUCCAGCGGCCCCAGCACCGGCCAGACCUGCGGCCUGGUGCUCAUCUUCUCGCUGCUCCUGCAGUCCAUAUGCGUGGCUAUUACCUUCCUUUAUUUCUCCAACGAGCUGCAACAGGUCAGUGGAGAAUUCGCGCGUGGGGGGGGGGAUCCGUGUUGGGGUUUUUUUUUUCCUCGGCCGCAGGCAGGCGGAUCCUUGCAGCUUCCUCGCAGUGCAUGCCUAUGUGUAUAUUUAGAUAGAUUGCAGAGGUUUCCCCGGGAGUAAAUCCCGUUGAGUUCACUGGGGCAUAGCUCCCAGGGAGUGCAUGCUUUAAAAAAUAAAUGCAUGGUUUUUUCCUUCUCCAUUUUGCAGCGUUGCCUUUAUACUCCCACGCGAGUUGCAACACGUUGGGCUUGUUUCUCCGGAUUAAGGGCCGGAUCGCUCCCGCGCCCCAACUUGCCUGCCUUUCUUACCCUCCCUUAGUUCUUUGUUCGUAAAGCAAAAGGAAAGUUCUGCCAUUAGGCGGAGAGGCGUGGUUAAUUCGAGGGAUCCCAACGAUCCCCACCGGGCUUACUUUGAAGUAAAACUCUUAGGAAGGGAGAGGAUAAUAAAAACGGGAAAAUGCUUCAAUUGCGCGUUUGUUUUGACUUCUUCAAACUCAUUUAACCGUUUGUUUUCUUUGCCGGACAAAGAAACCGGGGGAAGUUUAGCAUUCAACGGGUUCUAUUUACUUGAAAACAAAAGUUUGGCAGGAGUUAAGCCUAUUUGCCUUAAAGUAAGUGCCACUGAUCUCGGUGGGGCUUACUUGCAAGUAAAAGUGCAUGGGGCGGAGUGCUCGUUUUGCAGCCCUGAGCGCGCGCGCUUAUUUCCGAGGAAACGGAAAUUGCACGUCUGCAACCCGAUGCAACUUAACUCUCAAGGUAAUCCUGCAUUGAGGCUAUAAUGCUUCCGGCAGGAUCGGGAUCCCAGUGCUUUGCGAGUAAGUUCCUCGCGAGCAAGUUGCAUUGGUCGCAACGGGACUUGCUUCCGAGGAAACGGGGCAAAAGAUUUGAAUGCGAGGUACAUUACAAGAACUCUUCGCCCUCCAAAUUAAAAAGUAUGUGUGGCGCUCCAGCUGGGACUCCUUCCAACUCCACCCAGCUUGGCCAAUGGCCAGGGAUUUGGGCAACAUCUGGAGCGGGAGUGGGUGGGGAACCUGUGGCCUUCCAGAUGUUGUUUGACUCCAACCCCCAGCAGUCCUCCUCUAUAUUGGCCCAUGGUCAAAGGAUGAUGGGAAUUGUAGUCCUGCGAAUUAUGGAUAGCUUAAACCUUCCCCACUCCUGGCAGUAGGUCUUCGGCAUAAUCAAUAACGCUGCAUCCCCAUCAUGCUAUCAUUCUGUGUCAGUAGUUUAUUGUUCUUUUCAUUGUGUGGGUUGUGCACAUUCCGGACAUGCAGUUCUCUCCCGUGACCCUGGCCGUCGGCCACUUUGGAGCUGCAGGAAAAGUUUUUGCAGUUCGAUUCUGCCUGUUGUGAAAACUGACAAAAUGGCAAAGGGAGAAAAAAAACACCACUGCUCACUUUUGGGGAAGGGGGUCCGACAGCUGGAGUCUUUGUUCUUUCCAGAAUGGAUGACCCCCAGAUGGCCAAGUGAAAAAGAUAAAAGAGGGGCUCUUCUACUUAAACCACCAAUGGCGAACCAGAUGUUUUGGCACUCCAGCCUCCAUCAUCCCUCACCAUUGGUUAUGCUGGCUGUAGCUGAAGCCCUACCCCUGUGGCACGGCACAAAUGUUCCUUCCUCCCCAGGUUCUUCCUGCUGUUGAAAAUGUGCUUUCAAACACUGCAAGGGGCAAAUGGUUUGUUGUGUAAGAGACUUAAAUGGCUCCAUAACCCUCUCUUAAAACAGAAAAGGUUCGUCCCCGCCCCCUUGGAAGCUCUUUCCCAAACCUAGAGUGCUUUUGUUUUCAAAUAGUGGCUAAACUCAACUGGCGUUCCAAGCUGUGACCAACAAGUCCCCCUGUUUUUGUUUUGCUUCCUUCUGUUAAAAAAAGAAAGAAAGAAAUGGUCAUAAAAAUUUUGAGCUGGCAUAAACAAAAGGCGUCUUGGAAAAGAGAAGUCUUUGAUUGCUUAAUUCCUCUCCGUAUCUCGGUUUAUCUUUCCAAAGGAGAUAAAGGGUUGUGUUUGCAGGAUAACCUCUGCAUUUGGAUCGGGAAAUUACAAGUUGUUUUGAUGAGCGUUUUUUUCUGAGAUACUCCAUGGGAUGGCAGCCUGCUUUGUGCAUUCCUUAUCAAACAGCCCAGGUUGUAACAGUACCUAUAACCAGCUUUGGUGGCAAGAUCCGUGGAAGUUUGCCUCCUCCCCUUUCCUUAAGGAAACAAAAACGCCCAUAACAAAGAGAGGGUUUUCGAUCUGGGUGCGGGACACAACAGUGGUAUUUCUCUUUGUUUUUUCUUCGAAAGUAAUUUUCCAACAAACAGACAAACACAAAUAACAGCAAACAUUAGGCAAGAAAUAACCGACGAUCUUCCCAGAUUGAUAGCACAUUCCAAAAAUAAGGCUGCACGGUUUCUUACAUUCUGAACUGGAGAAGAUUUUGCAUAUGUGUGUGUGUGUCAUUUUUGUUACAUAAAAAACAAUGCAAUAAAAAUCUCUUUUAGUGGUUGUAAUAAAAAGAAAUAAAAUUGCCAAGCAUCUCUCAUUUGUAAUACGCCCGAGUACUACAAGCUUGUGUUCCAGUUGUAGCAACAUGCCACCAAGUUACUGUACCUUUCCAUCACGGAGAUACAGUGAAAGAACCUCUAUCUUUUCAUGCAAAUCCAGCCCAGCCAUCAGGACUCCUGAGCAAAGGUGGAUUCUGGUAAUACUCACAGAAACUUAAGAGUAAUCUUGAUGUGUGCAGUUGUGUACAGUCCAGAAGAGUUAUUUAGGAAUGAAUAAAUAAAUAUCUGGAUUACCUGCAUUGGCAUGGGCAGGAGACUAUAGAAGAACUUUGAUUUCCACACCUUUGCUCUUCAUACACAAGAGUUCUCAUAUUGGUAAAGAAGAAGGUAGAACAACCUCUUGUGACCCCAAAGAGGGGGGAUUCACACGUCCACUUGCAUUUUUCUGUUCUCUCCACUUCCGUGAACCGAAGUGCCCUUCUCAUUAGGAAGAGUCAUUCAGAUACAUCUUUACUGAAUGAAUAGCUGGGUGGACUCUUGCAGAGAUGAUUGUGGGGCGGGGAGAAGCCUGUUUUCCUUCAGCACCUGAUAAACUACAACUCCCAUCAUCCCUGAUCAAUUACCCUGCUGUCUAGGGAGGGUGGAAGCCUUUGGGAAUUUCAACCUGGCCUACCUGACAGGGUGGUUGUGAAGACAAACCAGGGUUUGUCAGCCCUAUGCGACUAGGAUGAAGUCCCAGGUUAAUAAUGUGAUAAAUGCGCUCUCUGUGACUAGCGUUGGUGCAGAACUUCAUUACGAUUUCUUGUUUGGACACACAAGUGUUUUGGUCACAUGGGCAACCCACGAGCUAUUCCUGCAGGGUUUUCAGAGGAGUGGUGCGCCUUAUUGCUUUAUCUUUACUGUACUUGCACUUUUUAUAUACUGGGGCUGCAUUUCCCACGCUUUCCUUCCUCUGAACGAAGAUGAUCAUGGUCAGUGAAAUUGUAGGUCUCAGAAUUACCCUGUGCUCGUCUUUCUCGAGAGGGCAAACAUCUUUCUGCCAUAGACUUAAGAAAGUUAGAUUGACACACACUGCUCAACAAGGUGACUUGGAUUGUUCCUGUCUGUGCUUUGCUAGGGGGAGCAGAACUGCAUGCAAGUCAGAGGACUAUCCUCUUGGCAUGCAACCAAUUUGAGCUGGGAAGGGAAUCUCCAGCCACAAUCCUGUUACAUUGGGCUUCAGAUGCAAACUGGGAUGUAUUUGGUGGUGGUGCAAACAAACCCCUGGCAGAAAGAGGCAACUGGGUCAUAAACUUGCAGAGUAGCUUUGUAUAAGCUUUGUAUAAUAACCAUGUGGCUUGGAUUACUAAUGGGUUUUCUGAAUGUGUGUCUUUGUAGGGAAAUACAGCCUUGUGGGAAAAGGGUGCAAAUUAUUGCAUCUCUGAGGCUCUGCAGAAGGGAUUAUUUCCAUGGCCCAAAUUUACAUUUCCAGCUGCUUUUCUGCUUGGGUGGUGGGACUCCCAAAGGUGGGAAAGAAAGUGCAACUCUGUAAUGUCACCUGUGUUUCCUUAAGCAAGCAACAAUCACAACAGAAAACUGGACCUAACAAUUGACUGCACUGAAGGGUUGUUGUCAUACUUCUGUGUUUGAAUCCCUGCUUUGCAAUACAGUCAUACCUCGGGUUCCAAACGUGAUCCGUGUGGGAGGCACGUUCACAACCCGCAGCGCCGUGUCUGCGCACACGCGUGACGCAAUUUGGCCAUAUGUGCAUGAUGUCAUUUUGCGUUUCUGCGCACGUGCGAGCACCAAAACCCGGAAGUAACCCAUUCCGGUACUUCCGGGUUCAGCGCGGUCCACAACCCGAAAAUGCACAACCCCCGCAGCGUUUGCAACCUGAGGUAUGACUAUAGGCUCAAAAAUACUGGAUUGCAUUGCAGGACUGCUGUGUAAGCUCUCUCAGGCUCAUGUUCACUUCUAACAUAACAAUGGACUACAGUGCAUGGGUCUUAAAAGCAAUAUACACUCUUGAGCCUGAACCCCACUCCAUCCUGCAAUGUGGACAGAAUAGCAGCAGAAACUUUCUAUUUUCACUGGAAGAUGGGUUCAAAACAUAACAAAACCACAAAACUUUUUUUAAAUUACUUUUUCACGUGAAAUAAGAUCUGAAUUGGAAAAAAGUCUUUGGUUCUACUUUCUUUCUUGAGGGGUGGGGACACAUGGCUAUGCAAUCACAAAUACAAUCCUGGAUUUUCCCAUGGUAUUGUUUGGGCAGCUGUCACUUAUGCUACAAAGGAGGGAGAAUGUAUUUAAAGGAACCAGGAAGUCUUCCAAACAAUAGAGUUAUUAGCCUAGAGAGAAUUGUUUUUUGUUUGUUUUUAAGUCUUGUCUGUUGACAUCCUUUGGGAAAGGUGGGGAAGACUCCUACUCCAGGAAAGUGCAUAAGAACAAACAGCUCAGAGUAAAAAAGCAGGCAGUUAAAAAGAAAUCACCCAGAGUUCUCCUUCAACCUCACUUUAGCUCACUUGAGCAAAGAGGACAGAUUUGUCAAGCUGAAGUCACACACUCAUUGCUUCAAGGAGGUCUUUGGGUUGCAUGCCUUAGUAGCAUGAAACCUUGCAUCUCAAGGUUCUCAAGAUGCCAGGUUUCACUGUAAAACUCUCCGUAAAAUAUAAAUUUACGGAGAGUUUUACAGUAAAACCUGGCAUCUUGAGAACUUGUAGUGUUCCUUCUGUAUGUUCAAAAACGCAACCCUUUAGUUAAGUCUACGGCAGGGGUCAGCAACAUUUUUCAGCAGGGAGCUGGUCUACCAUGUGGUGGGCCAGACUAUAUUUUUUGGGGGGAAAUGAACGAAUUCCCACAAAUAACCCAGAGAUGCAUUUUAAAUAAAAGAACACAUUCUACUCAUGUAAAAACACGCUGAUUCCCGGACCAUCUGCAGGCUGGAUUGAGAAGGGGAUUGGGCCUUAGGUUGCCUACCCCUGGUCUACAGUGUUUGUCCAGAAGAGCUUUCAAAACAUGUGGUGCAGUUUCAGGGUGGAACUGGCAGAAAAGUGUGCUCUUAGUUGUGUGGCUCAGUGGUUCCCAAUUAACUAAGUACUGCAGACCCCCUACAUGGACCGCCUACCAUUGAAAAUUUAGCUAACUCUAUGGUAGUUUCUGUUAUGUGAAUGCUGCCAUGGUGGGCGGCGGACCACCAAUUGGGAACCACUGGUAUAGCUCAUUAAACUGGUGGUGCAGACUCCCUGCAGGUCUCUGCUAAACCUUGAUUACACAAUCUAUUACCCCUGUGGUCUUUUAUACAGCUUCUUGCCAGGGCUCUUAACACAAGCCUACAGACGGGCUUUUCUCUUACACCAGGGUUAGCCAAUGCGGUGCCCUCCAGCUGUGCUGCUAUACUACAACUCGCAUCUCAUUGACUAUUAGCCAUGAGACCAGGGUGGAUAAAAAUGAAUGAUUUUUUAAAAAAAUAAAAAAAUCAGAUUUUUUAAAAAUUUAAAUUGGAUUUUUAAAAAAAAUUAAAUUGGAUUUUUAAAAUAAAAUGUUUUUGGAGGAAAAAUAUUUCUAAAGAUAGUUUUCUAUUUAAGUUACAUUAUAGUUCAAAGGCUACUCAUCAGGAAAUAAAGAUUUAAGUUUUUCAUGUGUGCUAAAACUCAAUCUAAGGUGUGUUUUUUAAAAAAAAUUAGUUUAACCACAUCAGUUAACAAACAUGGAUACAUAUGCUAUAUUGUUACUGUUUUUGUUAAAUAAAUUGUUUAAAUUGUUAUUAAGGAAAUGAUUAUUUUUCUCUUUCCAAUAAAGUACAGCAGAAAAGUUGUCAAAAUAUAAACAGUUAACUUCUUAAACCUCACAUUAAUUUCAUAAUUAUCUGUCCAUGUAUUUCUAAUAGUAUAAGCAAAUCAGUGAUUUUUGAUAUAACUGUAAAAACUACUCUGAAAAUUUAUUAUUCCAAAAAUGAAACCUUCAUCUAGUUGUAAAUACCAGCAAGAAUGAGUCUUUCUGUUAAAAAAAAUAAUUUAAAUCAAUUCUUACUGACUAGUGAUUUAAAUCAAAUCCAGCCUGCACAAGACUGAUAGGAGUUGUACUCCCAACAUCUAGAAUCUUGGGCUUUCCGGAUCUUCCUGAACUACAGUUCCCAUCAGCCCCAGCAAGCAUAGCCAAGGAUGAUGGGAGUUGUAGUUUGACACCAUCUGGAGAUUCUCCACAGCUGUACUAAGGGGGUGGUGGUAAGGGAGGAAGUGGUGGAAUUUGGUUUGUGCUUGGAGGGGCAAUACUAACAGCAUAGAGCCAAUUCCUUGUGCUUGAGUGCAACACACACAACUGGUCCAAAAGUCUUGUACUGUUGUCGCUUUUCUAGGUCACUGCCCAUUAAUUUUUCAAAGCGACUUCCUUGUGCACCUAUUUACCUAGACGUCUUGCUAGUAUUGUCUGUUUUUAGCAGAAGCUAAAUCUGAAUACCGUAUUUUUCGCUCUAUAACACGCACCCAACCAUAACACGCACGUAGUUUUUAGAGGAGGAAAACAAGAAAAAAAAAAUCUAAACGAAACGUGGAUGUAUGAUUUUUGUGGUUCAUGCUAUGGCCACAGACAUGUGAUCUGAUGGUGAGUUUGGGGUAGCCCAGUGCAAAAAUCCUGAGGAUCCAUGUGGAUCCAUGCUUUGUAACCACGUUUUUGCACCACUGCAGCCCCAGGCAACAGUGGGUGCGUGAUUUUUUUGGUGCAAGCUGUAGCCAUGGACAUGCUAUGUGAUCUGAUGGUGAAUUUGGGGUGACCCGUGUAAGCGGCUCCUCUCCUCUCCCGCUUUGCUCCUUUAAAGCAAGCAGGCUCUCUGUCCCUCUCUCCUCCCCACUCAGUGCCUCUUCUCCCGCUUUGCUGUUUCAAAGCGAGCCACGGAGGAGGGAAGGAAGGGGAACCAUGGAUCCUCUGCUCACGACUGCAGCAGAUCCCCCCGCCAUCCAUAGGCAUUCGCUCCAUAACAUGCACAGACAUUUCCCCUUACUUUCUAGGAGGAAAAAAGUGAGUGUUAUGGUGCAAAAAAUACGGUACAUAAUUGUUCUGGAAACCGGAAUGCCCAGGUGUUUUCUCUUGCUGCCUUCUCUGUAAAUUUUCCUGCAGUUUAUAGUGCAAUCCUGUAAUCUUGCUGUUUCACAAGAAAACAAACUCAUUGUGCCGGAUUGUGCAAGUAGUGGGAGGAGGAAGUCCAGGAUUGGCUCCUGAACACCCAUGCAUUUAUCAUUUUCUGAUGCAGCUUGGCUGGUCAACACACCGCUUAUUCUCUUGCCAGCGCCCCAUAACCCUGGGUCCAGUUUUAUCUCCCAAUUCCAAUUUUGUUCAAAAUCCGGAUCUUGGAAUUUAGAAUGCAUUCUGCAGAUGAGGCAACAAGUUCUAAUGCAACCCAAGCCCUAGGCAUGAUUACUCUGAAAUAAAUCCCACAAAAUUCAGUGGAUAUUACUCACAAACUAAGUGAGCAUAAAACUAAUUUUAGUCUGAUUUGGGUUGCACUAGUGCACAACCUGCUUUUUCUUUGUUAGUUUUAAAUUCGCUGUAUUUAUGGAAAGGGGGGAAUUAACGUUUCAUAAAAUUCCCGCCCUCUUCUGCUUUUGGAGCAAACACCUUGGGUGAACUAAGUGAUGAAUAAGAGGACUUGAUAGCCUUGAAUAGAAGAAAUGAAACUGUUAGUGAUAGACCAAGCUGCAUUUGACUUUAACUUGCGAUUUCUGCUUCCCCUGACCUCAUUCCCUUUGUUCCCUCUUCCUUCCUCUUGCUUGUUUUCCUUUUCUAUCAAGUUUUCAAUUUUUUGCGGGGGGAGGGUUAUUGCAUUGGUCAUAAAUAACUUAACUAGACCAUGGGAAAAAAAUUUGGAUAGUUUGUUAAAAAAGAAGUUCAAAACCAUUCAGGCAGAAGAUCUGUUGUGGUUUUCCUGGCUAGAUGCUUUUUCCUGGAGUCAUCUGAAUCUGCCGACUCGGCCACCCGCACAACACUAACCUUAAAUAAAGCCUUGGUUGUUGUUGAGAAUGAAACUCUCCCAUGCAGAGUGUUCUGGCUAAUUGCAAGAGUCAUCCUUGUGGGCUGAAAACCGCUCUGAAAGCGAAAAUUCUGAGACACGGCAUAGCUACAGAAUGUUGGACUUUCAACAUUGUGUUGCGGGAGUUUCGGGGGAAAGAGAAUUGCUAGGCAGGAGAACGGGGGAAAUUUUUCUUCAAUCUGAAGACUGCAUGAUGUCAUUGGCCACUUCUCAAGUGGUGGCUGGGCAAAGGGGAAGCGGGUGAAAUAAUGGAAGUUUCUCUGACUUGGCUGGUCACACUGCAGCUACAGAGGAGUUCAGAGGUUUCUACACACCCACAAACCUCUUUCUCCAUCUAGGCAAGCAAAGAGGCAUCUCCAGAGUUCCAGGGCACAUUCUAGCUAUGCAAAAGGAGGCUGUGGAGCAGCACUGGGGAGAAGAGGGGCCUGGAAGAGUCCUGAGGGCCACACAGAGAGCAGUGUUCAAAAUUCCCCAGGCGCAUUUUGCGACCAAGUGAAGGUGUCAUGGCACCAGGUUUGGCGACUGACAUCUUCACAAAAGAUGCUGUGCACCGGCCAGCCGGCUGAUCCAUGGAAAUUUAUUGUCUCUGGGUUGUUUUAUUCAAUGUUUUAAUGUGUUGUAAGCCGCUUGUGAGUUUUUUUCCUUUAAAAUAUAAAGCGGCAGAGAAAUGAAAUUAACAACAACGAAUUUCACCAAUUAGCUUAUAUAUAUAUCCGAGUUUCUAUAAGACUGGCGCUAGGCUUCACGGUUGAUUAUGGAGGAUCUCACAGUGGAAGCCAAUCAAAGUAGACUACUGUUCAGCCUAGUCUAUUGAAACACUUCCCCCUGCCUUCCCGCAACUCAUUGAAUUUGGCUGCUUUCUGUUGUUGAUCAAGUGCCACAUCAUCUCUGGGGCCACAUCUUCUGAAGUUGGGGGGUUCUAAGAGCCUUGUUCAAAGGGGGUUUCCUGCAGGAUGUGGAACCAGGAAGGGGAACAAAGAAAAUCGCUCUUGACCACCAGUAGCAGCUUCCUCCUUGCAGGGCUCUCAGUGAUGGCAUUACAUGGAAAGGAAAAACUGGCCUAACAUAUGAAAAUGCUUUCCACAACUUGUUUGCUGUGCAGAAGGGUGAAAAUGCAGCUGUGUGAAUCUGCUGAAUGGAUUGGUUCUUCUUUUGGGUCCCAUCUCCAAGAGGAAAAUCGUGGAUGAGUAACCCAAGUUGGGUCCUUCUGGAGAACACGAAAACUCUGCGCGCCGCUUUUGGAACAUUUUGGCUGGCUGUAGAGGCAUUUCCCCCGAAUGUAGAUUUUGAGAUUUCAAGUCUCGCUCCCAAAAGGGUUGCGGAGAAAACAAAUGAGCACUUUAUUUUUUGGAUGCUGCAAGAAAAUGAAAAAGGGGAACCCCGCCACAAUUGACUUUAUUGUGUGUGUGUGAGUAGAUCACAUUCCUUGAACGAAAUCACAAUCUCGUCGUAUUUGAUACCAGUCUUCGGAUUUGGAAGCCGCAGAAGCAAAUGACCCAUGCAAGUUUUUGUAGCUGAUGGCUUGGAGGAUUUGGAAUGCGGAGAUAUCUUUAUUACCUGGACCAAAGGAAGAAUGCGAGGCAUGCUGUUCUCAUUGGAGACGUCCUGUUUUCUCUGCUUUUCCUCCUUCUCCCCCUCCAGGUUCCUAUGGCUUUUACCUUAAGCUGAGGAAUGCAGAGAUGCCCCAGGGGUAAAAUGGUUUUGAUGGGUCAAGAGGGGCGAGUUGGCCUGUGCUGAUUUUUCACAUCCCUGUAUUUUUCCUUGCUCGACAUUCGUGCAACUUUCUGGCUCAUAGUUUGUGAGAAACUAGCCACCGGCAGAAAAUGACGCUGAAAAUUCCCCCACCCAGUCUGCCCUGGGGUGAAGCCAAGUCAUAACAAAUUGGGUUAGAAGGGAAAUGGGCUUGGCUGCUAUUACUGGCUUGGUUCCAUUACAGAGAAAGAAGCUUGGAUAGAGCUUCAACUAGUUGACAGUGGGGUUUUUUGUUUGUUUGUUUGGCCACUCUGUGGUUUUUAAGGUACCUCCAAAGACCUGAAGCUAUGCUACAAAGCUACACAGAGAAGUCUUAACCUAUAACAAGCCUAAAAUAACAAGUACAAAAGUGUCCAUAUAAAUUGUAGAGUUAGAAGAAGACCAAACAAAGAUAUAGAAAUGCAUUGAGUCUAACACCUUGAACAAAAGCAGAUUAGACCUUUACAUAACCAGUGUGCCUUUACUUAUUUCCAUGAUCCUGAGCUCUGAGCCACACAGAUAUAGAGAUGCUAGUUCAGCUGCAGUAGUUUCGCUAGCAAAGGCAUGCAAACCUGGUCUGAUUCAUCUGCGAUUUCAAUGUAAAGCAGAAUGCAGUUGAUCGUCCACUGUAUGCAUGAAUUGCAUCAACGUCAUGUAUUGGUGGAAGCCUUCAUACCAGUGGCUACCAAAACGAGCCAUGAUGUGCUGUGUGGCCAGCAUCUUAUAGCUAGGACAGGGAACCUGUUAUAUUCCCAGUGUUAUUGAAGACUGCAUACUCUGAAUCUUUCCUGUCUUACCACAGCUGAUGGGAGUUGUAGUACAACAACAACGUAUAGAAGGCCACAGGCUCCCCACUCCUGGUUUAUAACCUGAAGAAGGCUACGUUUCUCUUCUCCCUGUGAACUGACAGGUCCUCAAGAGGUUCCGAAUCAUGCCAAAGGAAGAAGAACCCACCUCCAGCGGCUGGCACACCUCCUACAUUGAUUGCUUGGGUAGGUUAACUUCUAGGGGAUAGUUUGGCCUUGCGUUUGAUGAAUAGGGAGGGAGGGAGCAGAUGCAACUGGAAGAAGGGAUUGCUAAAUGCUCCACCUUGUUUCCCUUUUAGAUGGUGGCCACCGAAUGAAAGACACAACGGCAGGUGGAAUGAAGAGCGAGCUGCCGCCAGGAAGACCUCAACUUUCUUCCAACGCUGGAAAAGCCCUCCAUCAUCCAGUCUUCCAAAGGUCCAAUAUUAAAGUCCAUAGUACUGCUUAAUACCGUUUUCAGGGUGGGUGGAAGGUUUUUAUUUUGUAUUGUUUGGUGGUUCUCCCCUCCUUGCUCUGCCCCGAAUAAUAAAAUGUUCAUUGUAUUUAUUUUUAAUGUGUCUGCUUUUGGUUUUCUUUGAGUUCCAAAAUUUCCUGUGUUUUACAAACAUGCUUUCAUUUCAUUUGGGAUUCCCAGGGGCAUUCAGUUAGUCACGAGUACGCAUAAUCGGGUGGAUCUUCAGCCUGAUCCAGUUACAGGCCCCCUCUUUGUUUCUUCACAGUGGGGUGCGCCUGUGGUGAUUUGAAUCUAGGUUUCACUCCAGUUCUUCACACCACCUGAGGUCUGGCAAGAGCAACGGGGAUUUUGCAGAUUUGAGAAUCUUCCUUUCAGUGCUGAACUUUUGCACAGAUCAUUUUUACAUCUUUUCCCCUAGUCCAGCGGUUCCCAAACUGUGCUCCACGAAGUCAUUGGGAAGAAAAAUAAAUAUGUGCCUUUGGUAGAAGGGCGACAAAAGCAUGACUGAUUUCUCUCCUGAAAAGUGCUCCAUGACUCAAAGCCGCUGCCCUAGUCAAUAGUUCCUGAAAUCCACCUAAUAGGAUUCCUUCAGAGCCUCAUGCUGGCUUAAGUUUACAGAGGCAACUUGGGGAGACAAUUCUCUAUCCAUUAGCCUCUUCCAUGAGACUUUACGGCUGUUUUAGUCUCCAUCCAAAGUUUUGUACGCACUUUCCCUUCCAACCCCAGUUGCUCCACUCACAGUCCUCCAAUCCGCCUCUUCUUAGCUCCCUUAAUGCUUCCAAUCCUGUGGUCACAUUCCUCCUAAACCUUCUCUCUCUUUGCCGCCGCCUCUGCUUGGCUCUCCUCCUCCAUCGCACCCCAUCGCCUGGGACCUAGUCUGCCUCUUCAGACUGCAGCCAAGCCAGGAAACCUGUGGCACAGCUGUGUUUACAUCCAGAUGUGUUGUAUCCGGUGAGGUGCAGCAGGCAGGGCUGUCCUUGGCUGCCUCUCAGCACAAGGAUGCAAAGCUCUGAGGUGCCAGCAACCUGUUUACAAGUCCUCCACACCUAUGAAAUUAUCGAUUGGGGAAAAAGAGGGGUGGGGAAUCCUGUUCCUGAGGCUUUCUAAUGAGCCAUGCGGUAGAAUCGAGCAUGGAUUCCUAUGGGGAACACAGUGGGGGAUCCAGUCUUUUAAAAAUCCAAUGACUUGCAUAUAUUAUUGAGCAAAUUUGCACAAUUCAUUCCACACUGUUGCUGUGCAUUAUUUAUUCUGGUUUUGCUCAUCAGAUGUGGGUACAUUUGCCCUCCAUGGUGAGGAUGGGGAAGAAUCUUACUUGAUUCAAACUGCAGUAGGUGCUCAGCAGUGCAAUCUUCCACAUGUCUACUCAGGAGUAAGCGUCAUUGAGUUCGUUGAAUUGAUUGUCCUAAGAAGAUUCCGUACACAUCAUAACUGAAUAUAUGAACAGUCAGGACUGAUGGUCGGUUCUACUACUGUACUGAACUGUUUUCUGUCUCUUUAUUUUGAGCAAUUCAAGAGUUAGGGCUGACUCACACUUUGCCUUUGCACCACACUUUCUGGGCACGGGGUUCACGCUUUAAAGCUCUGUGUCAGAGUCUCCCCGCUUUUAUGCAGACCUGAAGGAGUGUCUCCACCUGCAUCGUUCAGCCCAGACACUGAGAUCCAGCUCCGAAGGCCUUCUGGCGGUUCCCUCAUUGCAAGAAGUGAGGUUACAGGGAACCAGGCAGAGGGUCUUCUCAGUAGUGGCACCCACCCUCUUCGGAUACCAAGGAGAUGAACAACUACACAACUUUUAGAAGACAUCUGAAGGCAGCCCCGUAUAGCGGAAGUUUUAAAUAUUUGAUAUUUUAUUAUUUGUUUUUUAAAAAAAAUGUGUUGGAAGCUGCUCAGAGGGCGGGGUAUAAAUAUUAUUAUUAUUUAUUUUAUUUUGCCACACCACUAUCCCAAAGGAAACCAGCUCUUUAAAGCUGAAUCUGGACAAAUGGCAAUUCGGUUUCCACACAGAAUAGUUUUCAGUGAGAGUGGGGGUUUUUUUAGGGAAAGCGCUCUGACACAGAGUUUUAAAGCAUGGACCUGUACACAAAAGAGUAUCUGGAUGAGGCCUUAGUGGAGGAUGAAGAGUAACAGAUGUUUGCAAAGAGGCCCAGGGAGGAGAGAAUAUUAUAUUAUUGGGGUGGGGGAAGGAAGGGGAAGGGAGCUGAAGGGGGCCAAAACAUGUUUAAAACACCCUGCGUGUGCACUCUGCAGUGGUGGUGUGCUUCUUCCAAAUAAAGCUCUCCCCCUCACAGUACUUCCGUCGACACAGACCUAGUCGUUUUUCUGGAUUGUUGAGGAUCACGACUUACGGCUUUGGGCAUAAAAACGUCUGCCAAACUGGCUAAGUGGCCAACGACGCAUUGUAGGGUUCCGGAAGAUUUGUGCCCCAGUCUAGCAAGAAAAACUGAUGUACUGAAACGGUCCGCCAGGAGCUGAAGCAGAUGUGGAAAAAGAUGCUUGCCAGGUCCCAGUGAAGUAGCUAGAAAGGGUCUUUCAGUGCCUUUCCAUGGAGAAACUGACUGGUUGCGUUCAACAGCUCAUCUGCAACUAAGAUUGAGGGUCCCUAGCAUUCAGCUUGCCAACAAUUUGAUGUGACUUUGUGACUUAUUUUCUUGGGACUUUUCUUUGUAUUUUACGAGAAACUUUUGGUGUAAUUGUAAAAUGCUAUUUUCAUUGCUACGUGAAUCAGUACACUUAGGUGCAAGAGACUCCAUUUAUUUUUCUUCUGCUAAAUCUUGGGUAUAUCCUGCUCCCCCCCCCCCCCAAACAAACACAGAAAUGUUUUUCAGCUCCACAAAUGCUUUAGUAAACUGCCAGAAAUCUCAAGAGGUGACACAUACUGGUUUGUUUUUAAAAUGGAAUUGGCGCAGUUCCAACCCCACCCCCCCAUAUUUUAUAAACAACCAAUAAAAAGUGGUCCAUUAAAUGCAUUCAUGGAGCACGAUGUGGUCUGUGCUGUGCCUACUCAGAAGUAAGCCUUCCGUGAGCUUGCUAACUUAAUAUCCCAUACACAAUUAUGUGGGGGAAAUCCCCAUCGAACUCAAUGGCGUUUGCAUUUGAGCAGACCAAUCUAGGAUCGCACUGUGAAAUCAAAUGUUACCCGGGAGCCAUAUUUCAAGGAAGAGAGUUCCACAGAAUUGUCACAGUGAUGAUGAACUUUCUGAUGAUUCUGCCGAAAUCCCCUCCCUGUAAUAUAGGGAGAGAUGUUUGCACGCAGCGUCAAUCGCUGGCAUUUGCAGUUGAGAGAAACAGGAGAUGGGAAGACCCUCAAAAUGCUGGAGAGCUGCAGCCAGUCAGAGUCGACGGUACUAAUCUGGAUGGACAAAUAGAGUGAUCUAGUGUAAACCAGCUCCCUGGGAUAAAAAGAUAAAGGGACCCCUGACCAUUAGGUCCAGUCGUGACCGACUCUGGGGUUGCGGCGCUCAUCUCGCUUUACUGGCCGAGGGAGCCAGCGUACAGCUUCCGGGUCAUGUGGCCAGCAUGACUAAGCCGCUUCUGGCGAACCAGAGCAGCGCACGGAAACGCCGUUUACCUUCCCACCAGAGUGGUACCUAUUUAUCUACUUGCUUUGAUGUGCUUUCAAACUGCUAGGUGGGCAGGAGCAGGGACCAAGCAACGGGAGCUCACCCCAUUGCGGGGAUUCGAACUGCCGACCUUCAAUCAAGUCUUAGGCUCUGUGGUUUAACCCACAGCACCAACCGCGUCCCUUGCUCCCUGGGAUACAUCUGCUUUAAAAAUAAGACCAACCAUUUAGGUCUUUUAUAAACUUUUUUUUUUUUUUUGCAAUGCAGCGUUAAGAACAGAAAGGGCUUUGCUACUUACCUACAGAAGAAAUUUCUGAUGUUCACUUAACUGAAAUUUUGUGCAUCUCCCGAUCUCUCUGGAGUUUUGCCCAAUUGUCUUACACUUCCUUUUUUUCUUCUUUUUCCAAACACAGCUUCGAGAUACUUACUCGAAGAACGGCUAUGCUUGCCUUACCAGAGAAAACUUUUCCCUGGAAGACUUGGACGAUUCCAGUUACAAUGAAGAGGGCGACCCCUGCUGGCAAGUCAAGUUGCAGCUCUUACGAUUAAUAAAAAAGGUACGCCUGUAAUACCUGUAUCAAGUGAAAUCAGAAAAAGAACUUUGCUACAAGAAUCUUGGCCCCCUUCAGGGCUUGCAGUUUUUGUAGAUCGAGUACCUUAAACAUCUGGAGGGUGUUGUUGUUGCUUAGUUGUUUAGUCAUGUCCGACUCUUUGUAACCCCAUGGACCAGAGCACGCCAGUCACUCCUGUCUUCCACUGCCUCCCACAGUUUGGUCAAACUCUGAACUCUGGAUCUAAAGCACUCUUCCCCCAACCAGCUGCCCUCUAAAUUGUCCGGCCUACAAGUCCCACAGAUGAUAGCAACUGUAGUUCACAACCUUUGGGGGGGCACCAGGUUGGGGAAGCACAAAUGGAACAAAUAGUGUUUGGCAGGGUUGCCAACUGACCAGGAAAGGAACAGUUUGCCCUGUGUUCCUACGCCUUCAACAACAGCUUGAUGAUACACAGGAAUCAGCAGGGCGAAUCUUUUUCAUAGCAAGGAAAUAAAUACUAUUACUUGCUAUGUUUGCGGGCCGUAAGUAAUUAUUAGAGGCCAAAGAGCAGGGGCUGAGAUAAUAAAUAGUAAUAGUAAUAAAUGCAACAAAAACUUGGAAACACUGUGUGUGAUAUACAGGUAAAUUUCCCAUGCUGCCACAAUGGGCUAUGUCUGUGGGGCAUACUUUCUGUGGCAAAACUGGUUUUGCCUCCACUUAAUGUAUGAAAUGGCUCUACCAUUCCUAUCCUAUACCUGUAUAUGUCUACUCUGAAGCCCACACCAUUGAGUUGAGAUUUACUCCCAAGUAAGUGCAUAUAGGAUUGCAGCCUUGAGCAUGAUGCCACAGACUGCAUGCAAAGCAAGAGCAGAUCCACAAGCGUCUCUCUUAUGUCUAAGGCAGCGGUUCUCAACCUGUGGGUUCCCAGAUGUUGAUGGACUACAACUCCCAUCAUCCCUGAGUUUUGGCCUUGCUAGCUAGGGGUGAUGGGAGUUGUAGUUCAAUAACAUCUGGGGACCCACAGGUUGAGAAAGGCUGCUGUAGAAAGAGAACUUUAUAGACAGGUUCACAAAGGCAUCGAAAAGACGCACAGUUGAAAGGUCAUGAUGACAGCACAGUUAACAUCACUUGCAAUGUUAUUUGUUGCAUUUGUAUGUUGUGCAGAGUUUUUCUCAUAGCUUUGCAUUCGUAUCUUGGAACCUUUUGAUGAAGGACAGUUAAGAAAUAAUUUUCAGCAGAUAAUAAUAAUAAUAAUAAUAAUAAUAUAAUUUUAUUUAUAUCCCGCCCUCCCCAGCCGAAGCUGGGCUGAGAGCGGCUAACAACAGUAAAAUAAUACAGCAUUCUAAAAUCAAUUCAUCCUAAAAUCAAUUCAAAAUCCAAUUAAUGGCAACCAUUGGGCUAGAGUUCUGUGAGGAUUACCAAAGGAGGGGGUCCGGCUGUGCCCUGGCCAAAGGCCUGGUGGAACAGCUCUGUCUUGCAGGCCCUGUGGAAAGAUGUCAAAUCCCGCAGGGCCCUAGUCUCUUGUGACAGAGAGUUCCACCAGAUUGGGGCCACAGCCAAAAAAGCCCUGGCUCUGGUUGAGGCCAGCCUAACCUCCCUGUGUGCAUUUCUUAAAUGAACAAUGCCCACCGUGUCCAGCAUUAUUGACAAGAAUCCUAGUUCCCCAAAAGGUACGUAGCAGUCUUCCUUAAGCUAGUGUACCUUAAAGGGGGGGGGGGGGGCUCACUGAUGACUCACAAUCUGCUAUCCAUCCUUGCUGUGCUGGAGUCAUUGCUAGGCAGCUUACAGAAUGGAAUUCUGCUACUCUUAAUUUACCAGGGAGGGAAAAAGCUAACCGAUUGUAUUUGCUCUUGCAGAUGAUAGCCAGGAACCAAGCAGAAGUGGCAGCCUCCUCGGUCCAAGGUAUUGAUGCAGGCAACACAUUUACUCACCGUAUUGGGCUGGAUACGGGGGUGGAUAGGAGAAGUAAAUAUGCUGGUGUUGCAAAUGCCCAAUGACUAAAUCCACUGGAAACUUGAAUGUGUAGAUUGUGGUGCAAGACAAGUCGUGUGUAUGUGGGGGGAAAGUGCAUCAGUAGAAAAGGCAAAGAAUGUCGUUGGGGAAGCGCCAUAGCUCUGUACUUUGAAUGCAGGAGGUGUGUUGCAGGUUUAGUCCUGUAGUUCCUAGUACUAUUGUUAAACAUUUUCGUCUUCUUGUUGUAAACCACCACCAACAAAUUAUUUAUACCCCGCCUAUCUGGCUGGGCUUCCUCAGCCACUCUGGGCAGCCCCAACAGAAUAUUAAAAAACAUGAUAAAACAUCAGACAUUAAAAACCUCCCUAAACAGGGCUGCCUUCAGAUGUCUUCUAAAAGUCUGGUAGUUGUUUUUCUCUUUGACAUCUGGUGGGAGGGCGUUCCACAGGGCGGGUGCCACAACCGAGAAGGCCCUCUGCCUGGUUCCCUGUAACUUGGCUUCUCACAGUGAGGGAACCACCAGAAGGCCCUCAGCUCUGGACCUCAGUGUUUGGGCUGAAUGAUGGGGGUGGAGACGCUUCUUCAGGUAUACAAAAGUACAUGCCGCUUUGUUCAAGUUGUACAGCCUUUUCUACAGAUCGGUUCCAUUUGUUAUGAGACAUUAGUGUUGAAUACAGUUAUGAGGUCAGGAAGAAGUUUGCGGGGGGAGAGAGGAGGGGUGGCAAAAUUUAUAAUUUUUGCAGUGUACUUGUGGGGUUUUGUGUCAGCGUCAACUAGAUGGGUUCACUUUCUAUUCGCUUGUUAGGUUUCCUCAGUAGCGAGAGAGGUUGGGGGCCUAGGGUGGUAUACACAGAGUUGUAUCCAAGUCAAGAGGAGACCCACUGACAAUGACAGACGUGACUAAUUUAGGUCCAUCCAUUUCAGUGGGUCUGCGCUUAGUUGGAUACAACCUAUAAUGUUGGAGGGGGCCUGCACCGUCUAAUCCAGUUGCCAGUUCUAAUGCAAGGAAGCCAGGACUAAGACACCCCCCAACAGAUAAUAAUAAUAAUACAGUGGUGCCUCGCAAGACGAAAUUAAUCCGUUCCGCGAGAGUCUUCGUCUAGCGGUUUUUUCGUCUUGCGAAGCAAGCCCAUUGACGGAUUAGCGCUAUUAGCGCUAUUAGCGGUUUAGCGGCUAUUAAAGGCUUAAAGGCUUAGGGGAUUAGCUGCUAAAAGGCUAUUAAAGGCUAUUAAAGGCUUAGCAGAUUAGAUAAAGGGGGGGAAAAGCGAAAAAAAAUCUCAAGACUCGCAAGGUAUUUUCGUCUUGCGAAGCAAGCCCAUAGGGGAAUUCGUCCUGCGAAGCAACUUCAAAACGGAAAACCCUUUCGUCUAGCGGUUUUUCCGUCUUGCGAGGCAUUCGUCUUGCGGGGCACCACUGUAAUGAUCGUGAUGAUGCCGGGCUCAGAGCGGCUAACAACGGUAAAAUAACACAGUUUUCAGAGUCAAAUUAAUGGUAACCAUUGGGCUAGAGUUCUAUGAGGAUUACAGAAGGAGAGAGGGGGUCAGACUGUGCCUUGGCCAAAGGCCUGGUGGAACAGCUCUUUCUUGCAGGCCCUGUGGAAAGAUGUCAAGUCCCGCAGGGCCCUGGUCUCUUGUGACAGAGCGUUCCACCAGAUUGGGGCCACAGCCAAAAAAGCCCUGGCUCUGGUUGAGGCCAGCCUAACCUCCCUGUGGCCCGGGAUCUCCAAGCUGUUUUUAUUUGAAGACUGUAAGGUCCUCUGUGGGACAUGAAAGGAGAGGCGGUCCCUUAGGUAUGAGGGUCCUAGGCCGUAUAGGGCUUUAAAGGUUAAAACCAGCACCUUAAACCUGAUCCUGUACUCUACCAGGAGGCAGUGCAACUGGUAUAGCACCGGUUGAAUGUGGAGAUGGCUGUCCACCUUUCUGCCUGAAAAGCCCAACUGGUCCAUUGUGAGAAUGCAUUCGCCAUUCAGCAGCAGGGAUGCUCAGCUGAAAAAUCUACUACCUUUCUAUAACUUAAGCCUAUUAGAUCUAGUCCCGCCCUCUGGGGUAGAAAAGACCCAGGUCUUUGACUCCUCCAGUGCAACAGCCUUUAAGGUAUUUGAAGAGAGCUGUCAUGUCCUCUUGACUGACAUGUUCUCCAGGCCAUUUACGACCAGUUCAUUCAUUCUUUUGCUCCUACCUGGGCUUGUUUUCCAUUUGGAUGACAAUGUUUCAUUGCCUUCCUCGGACCCCGUUCCAGUUUCCCUCCAUCAGGCCAUAGCCGAUGGGAAAGACCUGCUAAAGCUCUUGGAGAACUGCGGCCAGUCCAGAGUAGCCAGCACUGGGCUAAAUGAACAAAAAGUCUGGAGUACCAAUGCACCUGACAUGUGAAACCGUGCCUCAGGUGGAACCACGCGAGUCAUCUGUCUAGCCCAGGGGUUGUCAACCUGGUCCCUACCACCCACUAGUGGGUGUUUUUCAGGAUUCUAGGUGGGUGGUAGGGGGUUCUACAGCACAAGUUGAAUCCUCCUUCCAUCGAGCACUGGUGGGCGGUAAGGAAAUUUUACCAUCAAGAAAGAUUCAUUACUGGGCGGUAGGUAUAAAGAGGUUGACUACCCCUGAUCUAGCCCAAGCACCAUCCGGCUUUGACUGUUAGCUGUUGUCCAAGAUCUGAGGCAUAAAUCUUUCCCCAUCAGCUGCUUUUGUCCAGAGGGUUGGGUCCAAAAGUGGCCAGCUCUCCAUGGGCUACCUGGGUGGGGCUGGCCACCUGCCGCUCCCCUGACACCACACGACACCAGGCAUGCCAUACGACACCAGGUGUUUCAGCUGCAGGCUGCAAAGGGAGAAUGAGGACCACUACUCCAUAUGCAAAUCCUGUCUCGCCUGCAGCAGUGCUGUGGUUGCGAUAGUAAUUCAAGAUUAAAAUCCUGACCUUUCUUCCUCUUCCAUCCAAGGUGAUGCUUCUACUGUAGAUUCUACUGUGAGUCAGAGUGUCGUCCCCAGAACAGCAGCUCACUUGACUGGAAGCAGAAUUGGGAAAAGUGUUUGGGCCACACAGAGUAAGUCGCUAUGUUAUUCCGGCAAGAGUAUGUUUAUAUUUUUACGUCAAUCAGCUUAUGCACCUGCUAAAUUAGGUAAUAAAAGAAAAGCGUUUGGAUGUUGCUUUUAAUGUGCGAUUCUGCUGCUGUGUUAAAUAUUGGAUGGCUAUUGUUUUAAAUGGUAUUUUUUUAUUUUGCUUAAUCGUAUUUCUAUAUUAUUAUCACUGCUAUUAUUAUUAAUUAAGCCUGAUGGUUACGCAAGAGGUCUCCAAGUGACUUGCACCGUAGCUUAAACAUAACUAUAAAUGCAUUACAAUGUGACACAUUUACACAGAAACACAUGCAAUUCAUAAAAGCACUCAAAAGCAAAACAUAAGCCACUCUGGAGUGUUCUCUGAGCAGAACAGAUAACAUCUAUCUGGUGUGGGGAGAAACUUUGGCUCUCCAGAUGUUCAGCAGCUGCAGCUCCCUUCAUCCGCUGUCAUUGGCUAUUGCUUGCCGGGGCAGAUGGGACUGUCGUUCAGCAACAGAGAUUCCCCACACCACUCCUAUAUGUUCUUAAGGUUGAACUCAGAAUUUUCUGAUUGGUUGAUCGCUUUAUAGUUAAAAUGGGCAUCAUCCACGCACAAGAAAAGGGGCAUUGUUAGCAAGCUUGGAGAAACUCCCCGGGAUUUACAGGAGCAGAUAUUCAGAAAGAAAACGUAAGUGGUGGGAAAGCCUUAGGGAGAAAAAAACAGCACAAUGCGAAGCAUGUUCAGUGGCUACAGAGUGCCAUGUGUCUUGGUGGGGGGUGAAAUGGAAUAUCCUGUGAAAGGGCUGGCUGGAACCUAGAACAGGAGCUCACUGUACAUCGCAACACAUAGCUGCAGGUCCCACUUGUAUAUUGCAGCAGCAACAGCAAUAAACAACAACAUACACCAUCAAAAUGAAAGGUGAGCUGUAUGUCUUUAGGAGCAUUAGGGUGAGCAAAGAGACUGGGUUGAAAUAAAAAGCUGUCAAGAACUUCCAAAAGUACACAUUUGCAAUUAAUUCAUCAUCGCUAUCAUUAUUACCGUUAGCUGUUUAUUUUGUACUUGAAAGGUUUGGGAUUUACUCUGGAUUAUUAUUAUUUUUUACACACCUAAAAUACACGUUUGCCUUCUUUUUCAACCCGCUGCAGAUUCUUCGAGCAGAAGCCGUUUUGGAGUCAAAAUCAGCACGUGGCAGACAGCCAGCUGGCCUCAUUCUUUCCUCCACAACGUAGGCUUGUUGGACGGGGAGCUGAUUAUACUGCAAGCGGGCUACUACUACAUUUACUCCCAAACGUAUUUCCGGUUCCGUGAAGAGGAGGGUGUCGAGCGCCGUUCCGACCCUGACUCGGACAGCGUCAGGAAUCCCAGGCAGAUGGUUCAGUACAUUUCCAAGCGCGUUGAUACUUACCCAGACCCGAUUCUGCUGCUGAAAAGCGCAAGAACUAGCUGCUGGGCGAAAAGGGCAGAAUACGGACUUUACUCGAUCUACCAAGGGGGAGUGUUCCAGCUAAAGAGGAACGAUCGGAUUUUUGUCUCUAUCAGUGAUAUGACGCUCGUGGACAUGGAUAAAGAAGCAAGUUUCUUUGGAGCCUUCCUGGUCUCUUAAAAAAGAAAGAGGGAGACAGACUGAAUUAGAAAAGCCUUAAAAGAAACAGACCUGGCUUUGAACUGCACAAAGACAACACUCAAUUUUCUGCAUGCAGAAAUGGAGCCCAUGUGCAAUCCUAUUGACAGAUGAACUGCCAGCGAGAGCUUGGAAGUUGCCAAGAAACAAAACAAACCUCGUCUGUCAAUGUCUGUAAAGAAAGACCGGGUGCUAAUGGCUGCCAUGCCAUGGAUAUGGAACUUGUAAGAAACCGUAUCCAAUUUCACUUUGGAAGAGGAUAGGGCUGUACUAGUCCUGUCCCCUGAGAACAAUAUAGCCUGCAGAAGCACUACAUACAGUUAAUUGCGCCUGCAUGCUGGGAAACCACAUGGAGCAAGGCGUGAGGUUCUUCCUGCACCACCAGAUGAUGGUUGUCUCUCUUGUGUAACAGAUUGCGUUUGGUGGAGUGAGAAGGUGGUCUUUGGCAAUGGGAACUUUCAGGAUAAACGGUUGGUUGCCUCUGGCCAGGUUAUUUCCACUGCAAACCUUUCACAAGCAGGAGGAGCAGAGAUUGAGAACUGUCACAUGGAAGAGCCCUCCCAGGACUGGACCACUUCAUACUGGAGGGGGGGAGAGAUAACGCUGGGAGGCUAAACUACUUGACAUGUGAACAUUGCACAUGAAUGUUUGGGAGGUGAGGCAUUAAAAUAUGGGGUCUGCUUUACGCUGUCUGAAGAGGAACAGUCCCAGAAGGGCUACACCAUGUGACAUAUUCCAUAUUUGCUGUUCACCUCUUACCAGUCAUCUUAUUGGUAAAGUCUAUAAUAGAGCAGAAUUUAUGCACGGUGGGCAAUCAUAAUCUGAUUAUACAUAAGAUUGGGGCAAUGACCCACAUCGCAGGCUGCAAACUGUUGCCCACUCGUUGAAUAUUUCUCUUUAAAACCAGGCCACUCUGCCUUGGUACCCUGAUUUUUUUUGUUUUUAAACCUUAAGCCCACCUUAAUUUUUUUUUUUUUUAAAGUAAUUACAUGAAUAAAUAACAUACUUACAAAAACAACAUAGAAGUGUUCACAUGCACAGACCCUCUCAACCCAGUCAAGCCUGAACACUGGAGAUAAGGUUGCCUUUAACAGCAUUUGAGCUGUGCAGAAAUCAGUUCUAAUGUAGAUGAGCAUUAUAACUGGAUGGGGUUGAUGCUAAUUGCACAAAAACAGGGCCUAGUAAAAAAGAAGUUGGUAACUCUGAACUGGAAGGUGUCUCCAGUAUGUGAUGCUGCUCCACAGAAGUGAGUAAUCUUGUGUUUUUUCACAGUGGCGGGGGGAGAGAGACAUUUUUUAAGACUUGUGGUUUAGCUUGCUUAUGAACCAGGGAUCCACGUUUAAACCAAACACUUGGAACAGUUUCAUAGUAAGUCAACUUCAAACCAUGGCUUAUGAAGCCUACUCACUGGGACUAGGCAGAGUUUGGUUUGAACCAUGGUUUCCUGGUUUCCACAUAGCGAUAUGCCAGGAAAUAGGGAUCAGCACACGGCCUUCUUUGUGUUGUUGCACUCCAAUCUGGGAGUUGGACUCGCAGCAACACAUUCUGGACUGCACAUUCUCUGUGCCUGCAUUAAGCCAAAAUUCUUUUAAAAGAGAAACUCCUGGCCAUUCAGGAGCAGAAAGGAGCAAGGCUUUGCUAAGUCGUCUUGAGGAUUGUCUGCGUAGCACUAAACUGCAGCAGGGGGAACUUGAGGUCCUCUGGAGGCUGUCAGACCCCAACUCCCAUCAUCGCAGACCACUGACAGGGCUGAUGGGAGGUGUGAGUCUGAUCUUAUCCACAAGGCCACAGUUUCCCCAUCAGGGCACUAAACUGUGGUUUAGCGUUACAUGCACGGCAAGCCCCAGCAUCUCUGUAAAAAGGUGGCAACCAUCUGUGGCAUUUACCAUUCUCAGGGAGAUACUGUUGAAAAACAACAUAUAACAACAAGGACUUUAUUUGCGUAGCCAACAGGUCAUAGCAUCAAAGGACAAACACCGACAAAAAUACAUUACAAAUAUAGUUAUCGUAUAAUCUAUUAAAACCCUAGGUAGAAGAUGGAUUAUCAUUCAUCAAUGACCCUAUGUCCCAUGGGCGGCGGCCUUUUCUCUGGUAGAUUGUUCCAGGUCGGUUAAGUAAAUAGACCAGCCAAAUUGAAAGAUUAUAAAUAUAAUUUUGCAUAUAUAAAUAUAAUUUUGUAUAAAUAUAUAUUUUGGCAUCUCAAAGCGCCAAAAUACUGUCUCGCUUUUACUUUACGAAGGGGGGCAGACAUAUCCCAGCAGCUCUGGAGGUCUUUCAAGCAAAACCCUUGGCGCAAUUACUCUACGGGAACCCAAAUCUGGACGGGAAAUCGUUGCCGCACACUUGAAAUGGUCCAGUCUAAAUUCUUAAGACAGAUUCUAGCCGUUCCACCAUGCGCACCAAAUGCGGCCCUAUGGCUGGAGACUGGCCUCCUCUCCGUCGAAACCCGAACCUGGUUAAGAACAUUCAACUAUUGGCUUCACCUAAAUUUAAACCCAUCCGGACUACUACCUCUAGUAGCACGAGAUGCUCAUAGAAGUCGGUGGUCCAAACUAGUACAUCAAAAACUACUUACAUGUGGCCUCCAAGCACAGCAUCUCCUGAAAAUGGGUCUCCCCAAGGCAAAAACCAUUAUCGACCAGCACAUGAAGGAUAUUGAGCAGCAGAAUAAUCUGGCUUAUAUUAAGAAAUUUAGUGCUUGGUACGCUUAUCUGCCCCCCUCCCACUUUGAUUUUCGGGCACCUUAUUUGUCUACCUUAACCAUUCCAAAACUCAGGCGGGCCUUUACAUUGGCCAGACUAAAUAUGUUACCCUCGGCUGUUCUUGAAGGUAGAUAUCAAAAAAUUUCAUUCGAGAACCGGCUCUGCCCUUGUGGAGCUGGCUACGUAGAGACUGUGUCACACGUUCUCCUGUCUUGUUCCCAACAUAUAUUUUGAGCCAGAGGGUGCUUUUGAGUGUGAUACAAAUACAGGAGUGAUGGUAUUAAAGAUGCCUUCAUUUUAUCUCUUUCUUUUACUGGCAAUUGGACCUUGAAACGGCCAGAGGAACAGCCUCCUGGCUCCUCCUAUCGGCACACACCUGUUCAGCUUUGGUGUUCCAUCCUACGUAUUGGUUUCACAGACGCAGGGAAGUAGAUGCCACAGACUUUUGCCGCAAGCUCACCUCUUGCCACACUUGACCGUCUUAGGCUGCAGGGGAAUGUCGAGUUGGCAAGGAGUUACUGCAGGGUCUGUAUUGUGUUAAAACCUGCCGUGUUUUUUCCUGAAGGUCUCUCGUACUCAUUUGACUGGGCUACAGUGACCUUGCCAUGCAUCCCAGAAAAACACAGCUGUUUGCUUUCACAAUUACUGCUCCGUGUUCUCAGAGAGAACUCCAGGAUCACGAGGAGUGGGGCCGGGGGGUGGGUGGGUAGUAUAACUAUAUAGUCCGAAAGCUUUCCUCAGUUACUAAACACAAAAUAGAAUGCUCGAUGAGUGUUUACUCCUAAGUAAGGUUGCACAGUGGUGGAGCCAUAUGUGAGCCUCUCUAUCCCUCAGUCAUAUAUGAGUAAAAGUAGCAAAUUUUGUGCCUUGUGUCGGGGGCGUGUGGGUGUUAAGACCGCAUCCAGCCUCCAUAUUGAAAGUGCAUGUGUGGGGCCAUUGGCUCACACAGUCUCUCCUCCCCCUAGCACAUUCAGGUGUUAUCUGAAGGGGCUGUGUGCGUGUCCUAAUGUGCGCACGUUGAACUCCAUGCAAGGGGCAAUCCUGAUUGAGCCAGAUUCUGCCCUCAGCCUGGAGGAACUUGAGGCCGGCACCUGUGUGCAAAUGUACGUGAGCUCCUUCUCAAGGCAGUGGAGUGUGCAGGUGGCUGCUGGAGCGUGGCCACUGUGUGCAACAGGGUGGAGCUAAGCCUGCAUGCCCCUCCCAAGUAUAAUUUUGUAUUGUAAUGUUUCUUUUCAUUUAGAAUUUUGUAUGAAACUUAAAUUCAUUGUGCAGUUUUCUAAGAUGAUUGUCAAAUUUUGUACAUAAUUUUUUAUAAAAAAAUUUUUUUCUACAAA